AUGGACAAGCUUGAUGUUAUUGAUGCUAUAACCAAUGGCAAUUACCAACUGGAGACGACCCUAGGGAAACUUCAUAUUCUUGGAUCUAGCUGCAAAGACAUCCAACAGAGAUAUGGUGUCCGGGAAGAUGGUCUCUACUUCAUCAUCACGACCAACGGGGUGGUCUACCAGACCUUCUGUGACAUGACCACAGCUGGUGGUGGUUGGACACUGGUAGCCAGCGUGCAUGAGAACAACAUGUAUGGGAAGUGCACUGCAGGGGACAGGUGGUCAAGCCAGCAGGGGAACAACGCUAACAACCCUGAUGGAGAUGGGACGUGGGCCAACCUGAAAACCUUUGGAACUCCAGAGGGAGCAACCUCUGAUGACUACAAGAAUCCCGGUUACUAUGAUAUAGUGGGCGAGGACGUGUCUAUAUGGCAUGUACCAAAUGACACACCGGUGAAAAAGUGGAGCUGUGAUUCCAUUCUACAGUAUCACACAGCGACCAAAUUUCUUACAGGCCACGGAGGAAACCUCUUAAACCUCUACAAGCGUCUCCCAGUAAGGUACAAUGCUGGAAGAUGUCCAUCCAACCAUGGACCAUCUAUUCCAAUUGUGUAUGACAAAGGAGAUGCUGAGACCACCAAAAACUUGUAUGGCCCAAAUGCUAGAGGCCAAUUCGUUCCAGGCUACAUCACUUUCCGAGUGUUCAACUAUGAGAGGGGAGCGAUGGCUCUGUGCUCCGGUACCAAACCUGUUCGCUGCCACACUGAGCAUUUCUGCAUUGGUGGUGGAGGCUACUUCCCAGAGGGAAAUCCUCGCCAGUGUGGUGACUUCCCAGGCUUCGACUGGAAUGGCUAUGGAACCAAUCGAGAUUGGAGUGCAUCCAAAGCAGUGUCCGAGGCAGCAGUCUUGAUCUUCUACCGCUGAGUCUCCACUAUGAUUCACAGAUGAAACAGGGGACAGACCUUUGACCUUAUGACUUUCAUGUGUGCUGA